AUGCCGUGUCCGAACAACGCAAUGCUCCAUAAUCACGAGAUUGCUCUAAAAAUGACCGCCUCCGACCCAGAAGCUCCUUCCAAUGCUAGCCAGAUCUACCAAAUCCUCCUUGCAACGGCCACAGAAUUCAUUCACUGCCAAGAUCGCGACGACUCCCAGCCUACACGCAUGAACCUGAAUCGCGUCCGCGCAAUCCGUUCAACCAACUUCAUACACUCCUUCGGCCAUAACGUUCUUGUCUCCACCAAGCCCGCACUCCAAGGUGAACUCAGCGUCGAUGGCUUUCUCACUCACGUAAACAAGAUGGUUCCCAAGCUCGAUACCUGGAAUGCGCGCAUCUCGGAUAUUGUGGUUGACGAGACGAGGAAGAUGUGUGUUGUCAGAGUGAGUUACUUUAUGAAGCCCUACGGGGCUGAAGAGCCGGUGGAAAACGAUCUGGUUUGGUGGUUGUGGAUGGAGGAGGGUGGGAAAAGGGUGGAGAAGGCGGUGGAGUUUGUGGACGGGGCGGCGAUGGAGAGAAUUGGAGAGUUGAUUAUGGCUGGAUCGAAGAAAUGA